AUGGAUCGCGACAGCAGGGACCCCAAGCGGAGGAGGUUAAACUUCAACCCCUUACGAUCCGACGACCGUUGGGGCGACGUACCAGUACGGAACGGCCGCUUCUCAUCAGGCCGCUCGACGCCCCGUGGCAACCGGGACGUGUCCACGCCCGAGCCAGUCAAAGCCGACGAGGACCUCGUGGCGCAGGAUCAAGAUGAUACAGCUCUCGACCGGGACUGGUACGCCGGGGACGAGUUCGGGCACGCCUUCGGCGACGAAUCUCACAACCCAUUCGGGGCGUACACGGUGGCGGAGUCGCAGGAAGCCGAGCGAGAAUUGGUCGAGAAGCGCGUGGGCCGGUUCGACAAGCAGAGCGCGCGGCAGGCGCAGAAACAAAAGGAGAUCGACGCGUGGGAGACGAACCGGAUGCUGUCUUCUGGAGUGGCGCAACGACGGGGCCAGGAGUUUGAGGACGACGAGGACACCAUGCGUGUGCAUCUACUGGUUCACGAUCUACGGCCGCCAUUUUUGGACGGCAGAACAAUAUUCACGAAACAGUUGGACCCGGUGCCCGCGGUCAGAGACUAUCAGAGCGAUAUGGCCGUGUUUAGUCGGAAGGGAAGCAGAGUCGUCAAGGAAAGGAGACAACAGCGGGAGAGACAGAAACAGGCGCAGGACGCCACCAACAUCGCCGGCACGACAUUAGGAAAUGUCAUGGGCGUGAAGAACGACGACGACACGGAUAGUGCGCUGCCCGCGCUGAAAGAAGAGGACGGCAAGGAGCCCGAGCCCCAGUCGAACAAGUUCAGCGAGCACAUGAGCAAAAAUGACGGCGCAAGUAACUUCAGUCAGAGCAAGACGCUGCGAGAGCAGCGUGAAUUCCUGCCUGCCUUUGCAGUUCGCGAAGAUCUCUUGCGCAUCAUCCGGGACAAUCAGGUGGUCAUCGUCGUCGGUGAGACCGGCUCCGGCAAGACGACUCAGCUCACGCAGUUCCUCUACGAGGACGGCUAUGGCAACAGGGGGAUGAUCGGGUGUACACAACCCCGCCGUGUGGCGGCUAUGAGCGUUGCAAAACGUGUUAGCGAAGAGAUGGAGUGCAAACUGGGCGGCACUGUCGGCUACGCGAUUCGAUUCGAGGACUGCACGAGCAAAGAGACGGUCAUCAAGUACAUGACUGACGGUGUCCUGCUCAGGGAAUCACUUAACGAGCAGGAUCUGGACCGCUACUCCUGCGUUAUCAUGGACGAAGCCCACGAAAGAGCACUUAACACUGACGUGCUCAUGGGUCUUUUCAAGAAGAUCCUGCAGAGGCGCCUGGACUUGAAGCUUAUCGUUACUUCGGCGACGAUGAACUCUAAGCGGUUUUCUGACUUCUUCGGAGGUGCACCCGAGUUCGUUAUCCCAGGCCGGACAUUCCCAGUGGACGUUAUGUUUCACAGGUCGCCGGUCGAGGACUACGUGGACCAAACCGUUCAGCAAGUGCUGUCAAUUCACGUUUCGCAGGGACAAGGUGAUAUUCUUGUCUUUAUGACCGGCCAGGAAGACAUCGAGUGCACUUGUGAGCUGAUUCAAGAGCGACUCAAUGCCCUGAAUGAUCCGCCAAAGCUCAGCAUCCUCCCAAUAUACAGUCAAAUGCCCGCAGAUCUACAGGCCAAGAUUUUCGACCGGGCGGCUCCAGGUGUGCGAAAAUGUAUCGUGGCCACCAACAUCGCCGAGACCAGUCUCACGGUCGACGGUAUCAUGUACGUUGUUGAUGCUGGUUACUCAAAACUCAAGGUCUAUAACCCGAGGAUGGGUAUGGACACGCUGCAAAUCACCCCAAUCUCACAAGCCAACGCGGGCCAGAGAUCAGGCCGUGCAGGAAGAACCGGUCCCGGAAAAGCAUACCGGCUAUACACGGAGAAGGCCUACAAUGAUGAGCUGUAUAUUCAGACCAUUCCCGAGAUCCAGAGGACUAAUCUGGCCAACACCGUGUUGCUCAUCAAGUCCCUCGGUGUCAAGGACCUACUAGACUUCGACUUCAUGGACCCCCCACCACAAGAGACGAUCACCACGUCUCUGUUCGACCUGUGGGCCCUGGGUGCGCUCGACAACAUCGGUGAGCUGACCGACCUAGGCAGCAAGAUGAACGCUUUUCCAAUGGACCCGUCGCUGGCCAAGCUGCUCAUCAUGUCCGAGGAGUACGGCUGCAGCGAGGAGAUGGUGACGAUCGUGUCGAUGCUGAGCGUGCCCAACGUCUUCUUCCGCCCCAAGGAGCGCCAGGAGGAAUCCGACGCCGCUCGGGAGAAGUUCUUCGUCCCCGAGUCCGACCACCUGACGUACCUGCACGUGUACUCGCAGUGGAAGUCCAACGGGUACAGUGACAGGUGGUGCUCGCAGCACUUCCUGCACUCCAAGUCGCUGCGGCGGGCGAAGGAGGUGCGGGACCAGUUACUGGACAUCAUGCGCAUGCAGAAGAUGGAGAUGGUGUCGUGCGGGACCGACUGGGACGUCAUCCGUAAGUGCAUCUGCAGCGGAUACUACCACCAGGCCGCCAAGGUGAAGGGAAUUGGCGAGUACAUCAACCUCCGCACGAGCGUCACUGUGCAGCUGCACCCGACGAGUGCGCUGUACGGACUGGGGUUCCUGCCGGACUACGUGGUGUACCACGAGCUCAUCCUCACGAGCAAGGAAUACAUGUCGACUGUGACGAGCGUCGACCCACACUGGCUAGCGGAGCUGGGCGGCGUCUUCUACUCGGUCAAAGAGAAGGGCUACUCCGCGAGGGACAAGAGGGUCAUCGAGACCGAGUUCAACCGCAAGAUGGAGAUCGAGGCCAAGAUGGCGGAGGACAAGAGGAAGCAGGAGGAGAAGCUAGCCCUAGAGGACCAGGUCAAGACAAGCGACAGCACCAGCGCGGCGAAGAAGAAGAUCGUCACGUCUGGAGCGGUCAAGAAACCAGUGGUCUGA